AUGCAGUCACCCUACCAUCCAUCCAUGCAGUCACCCUACCAUCCAUCCAUGCAGCCAUCCUACCAUCCACUCGUGCAUCCACCCUUACAUCCAUCCAUACAGCAACCCUACCAUCCAUCCAUGCAGCCACCCUACCAUCCACUCUCACCCUACCAUUCAUCCAUGCAUCCACCCUUACAUCCAUCCAUGCAGUCACGCUACCAUCCAUCCAUGCAGCCACCCUACCAUCCAUACAUGCAGCCACCAUACCAUCCUUCUGUGCAGUCCUCCUGCAAUCUAUCCGUGCAGCCCACCUACCAUACAUUCAUGCAGCCACCCUACCAUCCACUCGUGCAGCUACCCUUCCAUCUAUCCAUGCAGCCACCAUACAAUCCGUCCGUGCAGCUCUCUUACCAUCCAUCCGUGCAGCCCUCCUACCAACCAUCCGUGCAGCUCUCUUACCAUCCAUCCAUGCAACCAUCCUUCCAACCAUCCGUGCAGUUCUCUUACCAUCCACUCGUGCAACCCUCCUAUCAUCCAUCCAAGCAGCCCUACUACCAUCCUUUUGUGCAGCAACCCUUCCAUACAUCUAUGCAGCCCAUGAACCAUCAAUUCAUGAAGCUUCCCUACCAUGCAUCCAUGCAGCCCACCAUACCGUUCAUCCAUGCAGCCGCCCUUCAAACCAUCCAUGCAGCCCUUCUAACAUCCAUCCCUGUAGCCUUCCUACAAUCCAUCCAUUCAUCACCUUACCAUUCAUCAAUGCAGCCCUCCUACCAUCCAUCCAUGCAGCCCUCUCUACCAUCCAUCCAUGCAGCCAUCCUAACAGCCAUUCAUGCGGCCGAUCUUUGA